CAGCCACCAGGAUGCUACUAAUUCUACUGCUCCUUAACCCUUUUCGCUCGGCAGCUAAUUCGCUAGUCCACUCUACGCUGCAUAACAUCGCGUAAAUAUCACAGUCCCAAACUACCAGUGAACCGUCUUUGGAACAGAUGCCAUUGGGUGAGGCUUUUUCCCCUAAAAUGCGACCCUCGGGAGUGACAUGUUACAUAGUAGAUCAUUCAUCACAAUUGGACUUAACGAGGGAGUCCUAGUCGUCACGCACAGUGUGUUGAAGCUUUCUAAACAACUACCCCUUAGAUAUCUGUUAAUCGAGGUAUUUAACUUGUAGCCAUUGCCCCCGUAUCCUAUAUCAUAUUUGAACAAGAACAUAUUCAACUACGACUUUAUACUACCAAACCAAUCUAUCAUCACUUGCAAUGGCAUCUCAGAAGCCCGUCAUCGUGCUAAUCCACGGCGCAUUCUUUGCGCCGGUGCACUACCGGAACUUGAUCGAGCCCCUGCGCUCUCAGGGAUAUAUCGUGCUGAGCCCGCCAAUGGCGACAACGGGUAUCGAUGACUCUAUCGCGGGGAAGACUUACGUCGACGACGUCAAGCGUAUUCUCGAGAGUCUUCUUCCCUACUUAGAUGAGGGUAGGGAAGCUGUGGUAGUCGGUCAUAGCCAGGGUGGAAUUGCCGCCAGUGCCUUAACUGAGGGCCAGACCGUUGAAGACCGCAAAGCUAAGGGCCUAAAGGGAGGCAUCAAAUCAGUUAUAUAUCUCACUGCCCUCGCCAUACCGACGAAGGGCGAAAGUUUAAUGAGUAUGCUGGGUGGCACGCCCCCGCCAAUCUAUAAAGCCGAGGGGCCCUUCUACGUCCUUACCGAGUUUGCACUGUCCCCCCAAGAUAGCGAUAUUCCAAUCCCCGAAGAAGAGCAGAAAGCACUGGCGAGGAGCUUGGUGCAUCAGAGCAAGGCGAGCAUAGAAGCUCCCGUUCAAUUCACCGCGGCCGACGUCACUGUCCCCAAGACGUACAUCGUCUGCACCGAGGACAAAUCUUUACCCGCUUCUCUUCAGGAGCAACUCGCCCAAGCGACCGGGUGUAACAUUGUUAAGCUCCCAGUCACCCACUUCCCCUUCCUGGAGAGCCUUGAUAGUGCGAUGAAGGUUGUUGAUGUCAUCGUGGACGUCGCUGGGAAGUGAUGAGGAUCAGUUAGCCGAAUAAAGUACAUAGUGAACUACUUUAAGGAGCCAGUAGCUCCGUCUCCCAGCUCAACCCUUUGUAUAGUAACUCUUGUAUAAUAAACUCAGAACCUCAAAGAGAGUGGGGGCACCAAAUAUGUAAAUAAUUAUAAAUUUCCCCGUAUAUUUGUACAUGUUCAGCC